AUGAUUUCAGUUCGCGAUGAAGAUUAUCAAACUGCCAUACAGAAAUUGAAAGAUGCAGGAUUUAUUCCCUGUGUUCCAACUCGCAAACCUGCCCCAGAAAUUCUAGCAAGCUUCCAGGAUCCUAGCCGUGUGAUUGAAGAAAUGAAUGCAGGCUUUAAACGCGUGGAUUGCUCUAGUACAACAUUUGAAUACCCAGAACACCAUCCAAGAGCCGGCUUGUGGAUCUGCUUGUUCCCAAAUUCCUUCACACACCUUCUUUGUUGUGGUACCACCCUCACAAAGAAGUAUGAUAUUUAUGACAAUUUAUUCUAUCCACUUGAGGAACUGCUAGUUGAAAGUUUUGUCAAGGCAGCAAUCGAUGAAGAGAAUGAGUUCAAAUGGUCUAAUUGGAGUGAAUCAUUAAGAGCAUGGUUAUCCAUGAUGACUGGCUAUCUUGAAGUUAAUAAUGAUGUUCUCGAUAAUUGCACGGAUAAGCGGGCUGUGGAAUGGUAUAGCACCAAUUUUGGCCGUAUACGGGAAGCAAAAUUCGGGCCCUGGGACCGGCGAGUCUCAAAACGCCUUGGUUCUGGAAAAGAGAUGUCCGUUGAUAUGAGAGGGCAUCCUGUCUGGUGA